CCUUCAUCAGCCGCAACUCUCAAGCUCUCAAAAUCCUUGGCGUCUCGAGAGAGAAAGAGAAAGAGAAUCAAAGAGAGAGAGACGAAGAGAUCGAUCGAUCGAGAGAGAGAGAGAGACGAGAUCGAUGGACGAGGACGACGAGAUCUGAGAGAAGACGAGCGACGAUAUCUGAGAGAAGACGAGGAUGAGCGGCGACGGGACUCAGGGAUGUUAUGGUUUCGUAUUACGAGCACGAGAUCUGAUCUCGACGAGGACGAGCGACGAGUGGAGCCUAUCCGAGGAGCACGAGAGCAGCGACAGGACGAGCGACGGGUGGAGCACGAGAUCUGAUCUCGACGAGGACGAGGCCGACGAGGACGAGCACGAGAUCUGAGAGAAGAGAUCGAUGGAUGAAUUCGAGGACGAGCGACGGGACUGAGGUAUAUGACGUGACAAAAUAUCUGGACGAUCACCCGGGUGGAGAUGAUGUUCUCCUCUCUGCAACUGGGAGAGAUUCAACCGAAGAUUUUGAAGAUGCUGGCCACAGCUCAGAUGCUAGAAAGCUCAUGGAGGAGUUUUUCAUAGGAGAGAUUGACACAGACUCAACCGCCAUCCCAGAGCUCGAGAUAUUUACAAAGGAUCAUCAGAAGUCUUCAGACCUUGCUAACAAGUUUCUGAACAAGGCAGUUCAAUACUGGGCUUUCCCCGCGGCAGCCAUUGGGAUCCCAAUUGUAGUAGCUGCCCUCUUAUACUCCCACAAGAGAUAAUAAGUGUUUCUGUAUUUGUUAUUUUGUCAAAUUCAUCUAUAUGGAGAUGAUUGACACUGAUUUCUAUUUGUCCAUCUCACUGCUGGUCUGAAUCAGAGAUUAGAGUCCUUUAAUGACAAUGAAAUUUGAAGAAUGUAUGCUACAUGCUUGAGCACAAAAGUUACCUUGGUGACAUAUUGAUAGCUCAUAACGUUUUAGUUUGAGAACCCUUGCUGCCUU